ACACGUACGCCGUCGUGUUCGCAUACGACUAUCCGUCUCGUACGUUUCUUAGCAUUGCUUUAGAUGUACCGUUUAUCUUUUUUGAAACCAUAACAAUAACCAGGAUGAAUUUAACCCAGACCUGCCUUCUGAUAUCGUGCCUGGUUAUCUCGGCUCCGGCGAUGUUCUUCGAUUUGUCGCAACAGAGGGAAAAGUGUAUAAUUGAGGAGAUUCCUGAGGACACCCUUGUCACAGGUUAUAUCUUAUUAGAGCUCUGGGAUAGAAAAGAAGACCGCUCUCCACACCUUGGAUUAACCAUCACUGUUAAAGACCCUAAUCUUGAGGUAUUGUUGAUGAAACGAUUCGGCAAAUAUGGAAAAUUCACUUUCACGUCCCAUUUCUCGGGUCAGCAUUUCCUGUGUAUGAAAUCAAACGCUACAAGAUUCUCUGUGUUUGCGAACGAGCGCUUGAAAGUGCAUCUAGACGUACAGAUGGUGGAACACACCAUCGAUCCCAGCGCUGUCAAGACCAAAGACACCAUUGAAUCGGUGGAGUUCAAAAUACAGCACCUGAUCAGCCAGAUGCAGUUCAUCAGCAAGCAGCAAGACUUCGAGAGGGGACGUGAGGAAACAUUUCGCCAAAUGAGCGAAGGAACAAAUGGAAAUGUUUUGUGGUGGGCGAUAAUCCAGACCGCACUACUACUCACCGUGGGAGUCUGGCAAAUGAGAAGCUUGAAGAACUUUUUCAUCGAAAAGAAAUUGGUCUAACAAUUAUUUAGCUAGGGCUAAAUUAGUCGAAAGUUAACAUAACUAGCAAAGAUUAGCCAUCUGUCAUAUAAUAUUAGAUAACUAAAUAAGUAUUUGGCUAACUAGUGUUUGUCUUAUUGCAUUAAAUGAUGUUGUUCUCAACUACG